UCCGGCUAGAGGGGAGGCUCCGACGUCUCCUUCCUUCCUGGUUCCUGCAGCAGCUGCUGCCACUGCUCAGCUCUGUGAGGAGGGAGCCGGUGACUCGGAGACAGUGACUCAGAGGCAGAGCGGUGCGCGGGCCAAGGAGCACUGGCGUCCAUGGACCCUGGGGGCCCCCUCAGGUUCAGGUGACAUCUUUCCCCUUUGACCUGUUCUACAUCCUCAGCAGGGAGUGGCCUCUCCCUCCUCCAUGGACUUCCAAGAGAGGGACACCCCCUCACUGGCCGAGAGCACUCAGUCCUCGAAGCCUAGCAGCACGCAGCAGGCCUCUGAGCUGUGGGAGGUAGUGGAGGAGCCUCGGGGCAGGCUGGGAGCAGAAGGUGUCAAGCCUGAAAGGCAGGAAGGUCACCUGCUCAAGAAGAGAAAGUGGCCUCUGAAAGGCUGGCACAAGAGGUACUUUGUGCUCGAGGAUGGGAUCCUCCACUAUGCAACCACCCGGCAAGAUAUCACCAAGGGGAAGUUCCAUGGCUCCAUUGAUGUCCGCCUAUCAGUCAUGUCCAUCAACAAAAAGGCCCAGCGCAUUGACCUUGACACUGAGGACAACAUCUACCAUCUCAAGAUCAAAUCCCAGGACUUGUUCCAAAGCUGGGUGGCCCAGCUGCGUGCCCACCGCCAGGCCCAGCGCCUGGACUUGCCCAGCACCACUCAUCGGAAGGCUCCUGGCACCCAGCUUCUGACAGCAGGUAGCACUUCAGCUCUACCUGGAGUUGGACCUCGGGAGAAGGUGUCUUCCUGGCUGAGGGACAGUGACGGGCUAGACCGCUGCUCUCAUGCACUCUCUGAGUGUCAGGGGAAGCUCCAGGAGUUACACAGACUCCUCCAGAGCCUGGAGUCCCUGCACCGGAUCCCCUCUGCCCCUGUGAUUCCCACACACCAGGCCUCAGUGACAACUGAGAGACCCAAGAAAGGAAAACGGACCAGCCGCAUGUGGUGCACACAAAGCUUUGCCAAGGACGACACCAUUGGACGGGUUGGUCGUCUCCAUGGCUCUGUUCCCAACCUGUCUCGCUACCUGGAGUCUCGGGACUCCUCUGGCUCCCGUGGGCUGCCACCCCAAGACUAUGCCCACCUGCAGCGCAGUUUCUGGGCCCUGGCCCAGAAGGUGCACACUUCCCUCAGCAGUGUUCUGGCUGCCCUCACCACCGAACGGGACCGACUGAGGGACCUGCACCAGGGUUCAGAGCUGUCAAGGAUGGGGGUCUCUGAGGCCCCAGCUGGGCAGAGGCGCCUCCACUCACUGUCCAUCUCCUCAGACACCACUGCGGAUUCCUUCAGUUCCCUCAACCCCGAGGAGCAAGAAGCUCUGUACAUGAAGGGGCGAGAGCUGACCCCCCAACUGUCCCAGAGUAGCAUCCUGUCCCUGGCUGAUUCCCACACGGAGUUCUUCGAUGCCUGUGAAGUUCUCCUUUCCGCCAGUUCUUCAGAGAACGAGGGCUCUGAGGAAGAGGAAGAAUCAUGCACCAGUGAGAUUACCACCAGCCUGUCCGAAGAGGUGCUGGACCUCAGGGGAGCUGAGCGCUAUCAGAGAGGAGGGUGUGUUCCAGCGAGAGCUGCAGGGCCCCCUCGCCGCCGCUGCCUGCCAGCCGCCAGCGGGCCGGGGGCUGACGUGAGCCUGUGGAACAUCCUACGCAACAACAUCGGCAAAGACCUGUCCAAGGUGUCGAUGCCCGUGCAGCUAAACGAGCCGCUCAACACGCUGCAGCGGCUCUGCGAGGAGCUGGAGUACAGCAGCCUCCUGGACCAGGCCAGCCACAUGGCUGACCCCUGCGAGCGCAUGGUAUACAUUGCGGCCUUCGCCGUCUCUGCCUACUCUUCCACGUACCACCGAGCAGGCUGCAAGCCCUUCAACCCUGUACUGGGCGAGACCUAUGAAUGUGAACGGCCUGACCGGGGCUUCCGCUUCAUCAGCGAGCAGGUCUCCCACCACCCCCCCAUCUCGGCAUGCCACGCAGAGUCAGAGAACUUCGUCUUCUGGCAAGACAUGAAGUGGAAGAACAAGUUCUGGGGCAAAUCCCUGGAGAUUGUGCCUGUGGGGACAGUCAAUGUCAGCCUGCCCAGGUUUGGAGACCACUUUGAAUGGAACAAGGUGACAUCCUGCAUUCAUAACAUCCUGAGUGGCCAGCGCUGGAUUGAGCACUAUGGGGAGGUGCUUAUCCGAAACACACAGGACAGCUCCUGCCACUGCAAGAUCACCUUCUGCAAGGCCAAGUACUGGAGUUCCAACGUCCACGAGGUGCAGGGUGCCGUGCUCAGCCGGAGUGGCCGUGUCCUCCACCGACUAUUUGGAAAGUGGCACGAGGGGCUGUACCGGGGUCCUCCCCCAGGUGGUCAGUGCAUCUGGAAACCCAACUCAAUGCCCCCAGACCAUGAGCGAAACUUCGGCUUCACUCAGUUUGCCCUGGAGCUGAACGAACUGACGGCCGAACUGAAACGGACACUGCCUUCCACGGACACGCGGCUCCGGCCUGACCAGAGGUACCUGGAGGAGGGGAACAUCCAGGCCGCAGAGGCGCAGAAGAGAAGGAUCGAGCAGCUCCAGCGAGACAGGCGAAGAGUGAUGGAGGAGAACAACAUUGUCCACCAGGCCCGCUUCUUCAGGCGGCAGACAGACAGCAGUGGCAAGGAGUGGUGGGUGACCAACAACACAUACUGGAGGCUGCGCGCCGAGCCGGGCUAUGGGAACCUGGAUGGGGCUGUGCUAUGGUAGCCCUGGCUCUGGGGGCAGGAGGCCCUGGUCCUCACUUCUCCUGCCCCCACUCUCGACCACGGACACAUGGGUGAGGCCGGGCUCCCCCUCACUGCCCUUGAGACCAAAGGGGAUGCCCUGGCUCUGGCCCUCUCCCUCUGCUGGCCAGAGGGCUGCAACUCAGCACACGCCCAGCCCCACUGUUGGGGUAAGAAGCAGAAUCCAUGCUUCCCCAGUCUUGUUGCCUCAACAACUGGCAUGUGCGACCCUUCUCGCUCUGUCACCCCCUUCCUUGUCCCCCUUGGAGUGCUUGGAGGAGACUCUAGGCUCCCAGGAUCUGCUCCCCAUUUCAGUGCCUUCCUAGGACACAGGGGACCCCUUGAUGCCCCCCAGGCUUCCUGCGCCCAGGGCGCUGGCCCCUGCUUCGAGGUUCAAGUGAAGGAGAGGAGACAGCUUUUCCUUCCACCUGCCCUGUCUCCAGCAUCUUCUCCCCUUUCCCUGGAGAAAGUCCAGCAGGGUCUCCUCCAGUUUCCUGUGGCUGGUCCCUGGCCAUCCCUACCCUCCUGCAUCCUCUCCUCCCAAACUGCAAAACGCCUGCAGCUUCCAGCUCCUUGGUCCCUGAUCCUCAAGUGGUUCCCCGCAGUCUCGGCUCCGCAGAUGCCCCAAAGUGAAUGAAUCCUCUCCAGAGGCGGGUGGGCUGGGGGAGGGGGGUAGUCUGAGAUGCCUGGCCUCAGGCCCACGAGGAAGGAGUGAGCAGGUGUGAGUGUAAAGUUGUGUAGGAGUGUGUGUGUGUGUGUGUGUGUGUGUGUACAUGUGCGUGUGCGUACUGUGUCCUGCUUGCAGGCAAGCAGGGGUCCUUAAUGUAGUCUGGAUGUCCCCUCUGCUGGGUGUCCACCACUGUUGCUGCUCAUUUUCUUGCCUCUGAGUCAGGUGAACUGCUAUGACAUUCCAAGCUCCAAUAAAGACUG